GCCUGAAAACAAACGAUGCGAAAAUUUCAGAAACCUAUAGUGAAGCAGAUCUCCAGCCCCUGUUUAAAGUAUUUCUGGGACAUCAAAUAGACCCACAGGUGUAUGAAAACCGUGUUCAUCAUUCAUUAUUUACACAAGCUCUUACCGACCCUGUGCAGCACGGCAUUAUAUUACAGACUUGGUGGCCAUUAAGACCUGCCUGUUCUGCAUCAAUCUCCCAUAAAGCUUCGCACUACACAGUUCCCUCGGCAGAAUACUCCCUUUGGUCGGGAUAAGGAUCUAUUCAAGCUGCUUCCUGUCAAAUCAACCUACCCUGUGUUUUUUACACGCCUUGUAAUAAAACCCACACCUCCAGGAUUGCCAGGUGCUCAUGUGACCAGGCUCAUAUUCUCAGGUCAGACCCAACGGUUGCUUUUCUGUAGACAAACAGAGGAGUCUGGCAGGAUGAGCUAAAAUCAGCUGUUACAAGACCUUAACUGUAUGUUCAGACUGUCUCCGUCGAGAGCGUCAAAAAUCGCUCUGGUCGCCCUGGCAACAACGCUGUACAAAGAGUCUUGGGCGCGCUGACGCUCUGACGUAGGUCAAAAUCUUAUCUUUUCUAUUUAAAGGGGCCGGAGAGCAAACAAGCAUGUUGAUCUUGUGCACACUGACCACAAGAAAUUGAUUGGUGGAAUGAACUUUAUUGUAGUUACAUGUUUGCUAAUGAAAUUAUAUUCUAUGCAGCAGUAACACUGUUGUGCAGGCGCUGGCACUAAAGUUAGCACCUUUGUCCACGCAUAAUUUUUUUUAAUUGAUGUCCCUGUACGCAAACAGGGACGCGUCGUAUACAGUGUUGCCAACUCUUUUCAAUGGAAAGUAGUUAAAACCUACUCGAAAAGUCGCUAAAUGUCGCCAGAUAACGUCACGCGAUAAUUUGCAUAUCCACGACGUCAUCACGUAGUAAAUGACAAGCAAAGAGCUUUUUCGGUUCUGCUUCAUAUCUCUACUCUCUGAGCUGUCGUAUAAAUUAUUGUUUUAAAACAAUUCACCCAAAUGCAAAAUAGAUUUAUAGAUUCUCAAAGACUUAUUUUUGUGUUUCUGUUGGCAGAACUCGACCCAUUAAAACAACACGCCAGAAAUAAUUUUCGUUGAACAGCUAAAAUCCGUCUGUGUACAUGUUUACAAGUCAAUAGUCAUGGCGUUUUGUCGCCUUUCGUAAUCAUAAAUGCUCAAACAAGGUCAAUAAGUGAUUUGAUCUUGGAAACACUUGUUUGUACAUGGGAACUUUGAAUCUCAUUCACGCGUUAAAGCGGUCUUCAGCAUCUUCUCCCUGAAGGGUGCUCAGACUGUAGAGUAGACAGACAGAGAGGCGGUGCUGCGAAGGCAAAAAUUCGCUCUCCUGGGGCAGUAGAAGUGAAGCAGAAUGUUUCGCUAAGUCGCGAAGGCUUAUUCAUAAAGCAGCUAGAUUUGUCGCAAGACGCUUUUUGAAAAAGAAGUCCCUAAAGGGGUCUGAAAAACGGUAAAUAUAGCGACCAAGUCGCCAAGUUGGCUUCACUGGUCGUAUGAGAUUGGUAAACCCGCCACAGCAAUAAUCAAACUCUCCUCCAUUUUGCUUGGCAACAAAUGUGGUCGGAACCUAGGUUUACAGGGCUGUGUUCUCCGGAAUCCUCUCAAGCGGAAUACUUCUACUUUCCGAUUGGUUGCCGCCGAACUGCGUCAUAGCUCAUUACCAUAAAGUUAACCUGAUUUCAACUCUCCUUGACGCCCUCAACGCCCAAGACACGCCAGGCUGCUCCUCGCCGCUGCUCGCCACCGGUUCACAUUGAAAAUGAAUGUCUUCUAGCCACUUUGGCACUCUCGACGGCGGCGGUCUGAGCGUACAGUUAGGCUUGUCAAUCAGAUCAGGUGAGCAAACUUCCUCUCAUACUAGCUGUAUUGUCUAUGUGCGUGUGCAGAAGUGGGACAUGUUUUUGUUGCUCAAGCAGUGGAGACAAUGGGGUUUUAUUCUACGGAUUUAAACUUACCGGAUACAAAUAGAUACAGGGCGACAGGGCAUGCUCCUCUAUACUGGGACCACAUGAACACCUUGUUCUGUCAACACUUGCAAGUAAAAAAAAACAUAUCGGUUUUCAGGGGUGAUUACCUCUAGAAUAAAUGACAUGAUGUCCCACUUGAAGCUCUGCGUUAGUGGCUGACGGGAUUGUUUAUCUGCGGCUGAAAUGAUACAUGCUCAAAGCAAGGUCAGCGGUGGGGGGUGAGAGAUGCCUGGAAGCGUCAUGCCAACAGACCUGCUGUCCUGACCACAUUCCCCUCACAUGGGCUGUUGGUUUUUGAAGCUUAAGGCCGUAAUGUUGAUUAAAAGGCAAUCCAAAAGUCAGAUUUGUAUGUAUGAGACGGUUUGGGUGGAUCGAGUGAAGUCUCGUUUGUCUGGGAUUGCUUUUUGUUGACAGGCGCUGCUGACACAUUCAAAGGAUUAGUAGCUCUGUGGAUGGGAGGCUUUUGGCCUCCUAAAAUAGAGAGAGGGAGACUCUCAAGAAAACAAAACUGAAUUCAAACAACAACAGUUUCCCAGAGCGCCACUGGACAUGGCCCACAUCGCACACACAGACGGUCAAACGUAUACACGCUAACAUAUAUUUGAAGUGCGGAUGCUUAGAACAGCCGGACCUAAGAUGGCGGUAUCAGGGGCUGAAGAUAUGCCUCGCCAGUUUCCAAAGAUUGCUUUAAGUGAAGUGGAUGAGGAGGUUCGUCUGCUGGCGGAGAAGGUGUAUGCCUCUGCACUCAAGGAUGAGGAAGCUAAAGAUGCCCUGUCCUUGUACACGGUCCCUGAGGACUGUCCCAUCGGCAUGCAGGAGGCCAAACAGAGGGAGCUGCUCAGAGAACUGGCUGAACAGCAGUCUGAAGAAAGUGCCAAACGGAAGAAAAGUUUUCAGAUUAUUCGAUCACAAUCGAUGUCACUGCAAAUCCCAUUAAGUACAGAUAGAGUACAAGGUGUGGUGAUGCCCCUCGUGUCUCCUGGAUCUUCUUGCCCCUUGAUUCCACAAACACUCCCAGAGUUUCAAAGAGUGAUCAUCAGUGGGGACUACUGUGCUGGGAUAACCGUCGAGGACUAUGAGCAAGCAGCUAAAAGUCUCCUGAAAGCUUUAUUUAUUCGAGAAAAAUACUCAAAACUGGCAUAUCACUGCUUUCCCCGGACCACCACACAGUUUUUGUGUAUUGCUUCAAAUGAAACGUGGAGAGAAGAGGAUGAAGUUCUUCCAGACAUAUGCCCUUGUCCCGGUGAGGGAGAGGACCCAUACAGCAUGGAGAAUAUUCCAGAGAACCUCAACUAUCAAUUGAAGAUGAAGGAUGGCAUAAUUUACGUAUAUGAAAACAUUGAAGCUCUGAGCAUGAACAAACCACACUGUCUGCCUUACCCAGACCUGGAGACGUUUGCCAUAGACAUGAGUCAUGUGCUCGCCAUGAUCAUCGAUGGGCCUACUAAGACCUAUUGCCAUAGACGACUGAACUUUCUUGGAUCGAAGUUUUACCUUCAUGAAAUGUUGAACGAAAUGGCGGAACUGAAGGAACUCAAGCGCGUUCCUCACAGAGAUUUCUACAAUGUCAGGAAGGUAGACACGCACAUCCAUGCAGCGGCCUGUAUGAACCAAAAGCACCUCCUUAAUUUCAUCCAAACCACAUAUAAAUCUGAUGCGGACAGGGUUGUGCUUGAGAAGGCAGGGCAGAAACUUACUCUCAAACAAGUGUUUAACGACUUGAAUAUGGACCCUUAUGACCUCACUGUGGACUCCUUAGAUGUUCAUGCCGGCAGGCAAACAUUUCACCGCUUUGACAAAUUCAACUCCAAAUACAAUCCGGUAGGCGCCAGUGAGCUGCGUGAAAUCUACUUGAAGGCCGACAACUACAUUGAGGGGGAGUAUUUUGCACGCUUGAUCAAGGAGGUAGCACAUAAUCUGGAGGAGAGCAAGUAUCCGCAUGCUGAACCACGACUAUCAAUCUACGGACGUUCACCAGAGGAGUGGCAAAGCCUCUCGCAUUGGUUCAUUCAGCAGAAAGUGCACUCUCCAAACAUGCACUGGGUCAUUCAAGUACCAAGAAUUUAUGACAUUUUCAAAUCACGUAAGCUGGUUCCCAAUUUUGCCAAGAUGCUUGAGAACAUUUUCCUUCCUCUCUUUGAAGCUACAGUGAACCCCCAGAAGCACAAAGAGCUCCACGUUUUUCUAAAAUAUGUGACCGGCUUUGACAGUGUGGAUGAUGAAUCCAAGCACAGCGAUCACAUGUUUUCUUUUAAGAGCCCCAAACCUGAGCAGUGGACCACAGAUGAUAACCCACCCUAUAGCUACUACCUCUUCCACAUGUAUGCUAACAUCAUGGUGCUCAACAACCUCAGGAAGGAACGUGGCCUUAGUACCUUUCAGUUUCGUCCUCACUGUGGUGAAGCCGGUUCAAUCACCCACCUGGUUUCAGCUUUUCUUACCGCAGACAACAUCUCCCAUGGCUUAAACCUCAAGAAGAGUCCUGUGUUGCAGUACCUGUAUUAUCUUGCUCAAGUGCCCAUUGCCAUGUCUCCUCUGAGUAACAACAGUCUGUUUCUGGAAUACUCCAAGAGCCCCUUAAGGGAGUUUCUACAUAAGGGUCUGUGUGUGUCUCUCUCCACAGAUGACCCUUUGCAGUUCCACUACACAAAGGAGGCUUUAAUGGAGGAGUAUGCCAUCGCGGCCCAGCUCUGGAAGUUUAGCACAUGUGACGUGUGUGAGAUUGCCAGGAACAGCGUCUUACAGAGUGGCCUUUCCCAUGAGGACAAAAAGCACUUUAUCGGGGCAAAUUACCUGAAGGAAGGCCCUGAGGGAAAUGACAUUCGGCGGACCAAUGUCGCCCAGAUUCGCAUGGCUUACAGGCACGAGACACUGUGUAAUGAACUCAGUUUCCUUGUUGAUGCAGUAAAAUCAGAGGUCAAUGGAUCGUAGUAUCUUUUUUCCCACAUAGUCUCGCAGACUGUGCUUUUGCAUGGUUGCUUUGUUAUUUACAGUAGCAUUGUAUGCACAGGGACUCGGAUGUGAUGCACUUACGAUAAACUUGCCCUACUUUUUUUCUCAGAUUCACCCAGCCUUCGCACAUACACUAUUGCCUGCAUAUGCGAUGUUUUCAGGAUAAAAUUGGCCUUUCAAAAAGGGAUUGACAUUACAUGAUAUUACUUUGAUAUUGCUCUGCCUCCCCCCGUGGAGAUUUAUGAGUCAUAUCCUCAACCACGUUUGUGCAAAAUAUAUAAAGAUGAUGGCAAUGAAUGAUGUUUGGGUCAUUCUACUUUCUCUUACAAUCUGCAGUGUCACACAUCUGAAGAAAUAACCAUAGUUUAUUCGCAGAUAUGAAUAGUUUAAGAUGUGUGGUUAGGUCAGUGCUCUGAACUACAGAUCUUCCCUUAUUCAUUGUCCUGCUAAUGAUGGAAAAAUUAAUAAAAAUAGAAUGAUAUAACAUGGUUGCAACCCUACCGUAGGACAUAGAAUAACGUUUGUUUGGAUUAAUUUGUAUGUUUUUUUUAUUGUGUGAAAACGCAGUGCCUGAAAUGUAUGCAAAAGAAAAUUAGAUUAUACACGGUUAAAAUUUCACAGCCACAAACAGAAUAUAUUUAGGAUUUUUUUUGUUGUAUGUAUUGCAAAUUAUUUUUUAACUACCAUGAAAUAUAUAAAUAUAAAAAUAUAUAAUGACAA